AUGGCGGCAGCCGAGCAUGCGAUCACGAUCAGCGAUGAGUCAGUGGCAAUGGAGCUGCCAACUCUUCCGCCCAACCAGGGCCUUGAGGCGAUGAAAGAUAUCGUCUUUGGAUCGGCGGCUGGAAUGGCAGGAAAACUCAUCGAAUAUCCCUUCGACACGGUCAAAGUCCGACUCCAAUCCCAACCAGAACACCUCCCUCUUCGAUAUUCCGGACCAGUGGACUGCUUCAAGCAAUCCUUCCAGGCAGAUGGGUUCCGGGGCUUAUACCGGGGCAUCAGUGCCCCUAUGUUCGGGGCCGCAGUGGAGACUAGCUGUCUGUUCUUCAGCUACCGCGUCAUUCAGGACAUGCUGAAGGCUACAGUAUUUCCCGGCGUGGAGCAAUUGCCUUUUGCGGCUCUCCUUGCCAGCGGAGCGUUGUCGGGCUCCGUCACAUCCCUAGCUCUCACUCCCAUUGAGCUCAUCAAAUGCAAGAUACAAGUCCCUCUCGAGUCCGCAGGGCACAAGCCCGUGGGACCACUUGCCAUGGUCGCACGAGUGUUCCGCGAGGAAGGCCUGAUAGGGUUCUGGCGUGGCCAGCUGGGCACCUUGAUCCGAGAGACUGGUGGUAGCGCCGCCUGGUUUGGUGGCUACGAGGGUGUCUCCUCCCUGUUGCGCAGCUACUCCCAGUCUGGUGCCCCGGAGUCAGAGGCUCUCCCGCUCUACCAGCAGAUGAUUGCCGGAGCCUCGGCAGGUAUCAGCUAUAAUUUCCUAUUCUACCCGGCGGACACCAUCAAGUCGCGCAUGCAGACGGCCGACAUCUCGACUCUUGCCGCCAACGGGGAGCGGCAAACUUUUGUCGGCGUCGCGCGCGCACUAUGGAGGCAGCAAGGUCUGAAGGGCAUGUACCGCGGGUGCGGGAUCACCUGUGCUCGCUCGGCGCCCAGUUCAGCCUUUAUUUUCUCCGUCUAUGAAGGAUUACGAUCGUACUUUGGAUGA